CGAAAUAGAAUAAGGCAGACUCCCCUGUCCCCGCGAAAGAACCCACGCCAACCUGUCGCGAUCGGCGAUGCUCUCUCCGACUUCAUUCCUCCGCUUCGUCGCAAGCCUCCUUCGCUUCACUAUGCAAACCGCGACAUCUCCGCCAUCGCCGAGUCCCCGAGCUGGAGAAGAUUAGAGACGCGACGAUCCCCGUCCAUCGCAUGAAUCAGAGCAAGAGGGCAGCCAUGAUUACGCGAUCGAAUUUGGCGGAGCAGUUGAGGGAGUAUCAGAUUCGAUCGAAGCACAAUUGGGCAACCGUCUCCUUCUUCUCCUCCACUUCCACCCCCUCCUCCUCUUCCAGGGUGGAUGUUGUGGUCUUUGUCAUAUGGGAGCUCCUCAUUUUAGCUUUUUUAGUUUUUUCAGCAGUUUCUUUAUACUUUAGACGUAUCCGAUUUGCUUUUAUCUUGGUAUGCCUCACAGUGCUACUGCUCUUAUGCAUGAAAAUUGCAAAGAAAAUAAGGUCAGCUAGGAAAAAGAAGCGAAGGAUGCUUCUUCCUUUGUCCAUGUAGACAGGUAACGGAAAAAAAAAAAAAAAAUGCGUUCUCACUUAGUUGUAUAAAGAUGAAAAUCUUGGCUGUGCCUUCGUCCAUUAUCUUCUUGGCUAGUUGAAUAUGUUGGCAAGGAUCAUACAAGACUUAUACCUUGGCGCAAACGGAUUGUAAGUGAAGUGCUCCUGUCGUUUGACGGAGAAAUGCUGGUUUUGGGUUGAGUUAGGUGAAUUGGUAGUAGAAAUAGUUCUGCUUGCGCUCCUUGUUGGCAUUAUACAAGCAGCUGCAUCAAAUUAUACUUGUAUGGGUUUGCUUUAGGAUUGACACACGAUGGUACCUGUGUCGGCAUUCAAACUUUGAGGAGCCACCAAGCAAAGCUGUCAAUGAGAUAUUGAUUUUUCCAUUAUCAGUGCUUGCCUUUUUUUGGGUAAGAUGAUCAGUGUUUGCUUUAUCUACCUUUAGAAGCAUACAAAAGUGAAAUUUGGGUGAAUAUUCCAUUCCCUAGUGAAACUGAUGUUUCUUGAUUGGUUAGAUGUUCUUGGUUUCAUGCAAGAGUUGCGGUUGAAAGUACCAUAGAGUUUUGUACAAGGAUGAACACAAGUUACACAACAGCAUACAGUACUGUUGUUUCUCUUU